AUGUCCCUCUUAAAACCUCCGAAACUUGUCGCUUCUACGGGGACAACCUAUAAUUGCACUGUCGCCGAAACCUCUGCCAGGGAAUUGUCCGUGCAAAAAUGGUCAGGCCUAGGAAAUCCACAUGAGAGUAAUCUCUUCAAGAGCGCGCAGUGGUCCCCGGAUGGAACAUGUGUCCUUUCAAACAGCGAGGACAACAUUCUCCGCACGUUUGUCCUACCGGUGGAUCUUCUUGACCCUUCCGAUGCGCCGAAAUCCCUAACGCCGUACUCGCAAACCGCGUCCGCGGAACCGGUAUCAUGCCUCGCGAUUUACCCCUCCAUGUCCCUCGCCGACCCGGCGACCUGCUGUUUCCUGAAGUCCACGCGCGACCACCCGAUCCAUCUACACGACCUCCUCGUAUCAAACACCCGCGCUUCUUACCCGCUCAUCAACCCGCAAACCGAAAAGUACCUCUCCCCUCAGUCGAUGCUUUUCACGCCCAAAGACGCAAACAAGUUUAUCGCCGGAGCCACUUCCCAGAUAUCCUUCUUUGACCUUCAGCGGCCCGGCGAGGGGCCGUAUCUAGAUCUUAAAACUAUCCCGACGCGACGGAGCGUGCAGACCGGUGAGACUAUGAAGGGGGUUGUCUCGGCUCUGGCUAUCGAUAAUGGGGUUCUUGCUGCCGGGACGCUCUCACGCCAGGUGGGGCUCUAUGAUGAUUGCGGGAGUGGAAGCACCAUCGGCGUGUUCACGGUUGAUGGCGAGGGCGGUGGUAUUACGCAAUUGUUAUGGAGUAAAUGUGGGAGGUAUCUACAUGUUGUUGAGAGGAAGAGUGACGUGAUAUCCGUUUACGAUGUUCGCGUUGCUGGCGAGAAGGUGGAGAGCCUUGAGGGGAGGAUGGCGCAGACAAAUCAGAGGAUAGGGGUUGAUAUCGCGUAUUCGCUCGAGGGGGAAGUGGUAUCUGGUGGGAUUGGUGGGAUGGUUAGCGUCUGGGGGACGGGUGGGAAGGGCGAGAAGGGGUUUGAGUGGAAAGCUCAUGACGAUGUAGUCAGCGGUGUUGCGAUUCAUCCAGGGGGCGUGGUGAUGGCCACUUGCUCGGGCACUAGGAAACUAAGCAGUCUUGGUGAAGACUCGGAUGAUGAUGAGAGCUCGGAAGAGAGAAAGUGGGAUAACGGCUUAAUGAUUUGGGCAAUAUGA